AGUAGGAAACUACUAUAGCUAGCCUUGUAUUUCAAAAAGAAGUUUGACCAAGUUAGCUUGCUACAACGUACGACCGACAACAGCGAAAAGCUGAUAAUAGAAGAAAGAAUAGAAUUCUAUAGAAAUAAAUCAUGUUGAAUAAUUCAAUUAUUGAAAUCGGUAAAGAGUUUAUUGAAGAAUAUGGAAAUUUCUUUAUCGAACAAUUGAAAGAUUCCAAAUUGUAUAGUUUACUUGAGAAAUUUACAAUUAGGCAAAUUGUAGCCUAUUCGGUGGGCAUUUACAUCGCCUCCCUUGGCUUUAGAAAAUCCAUUUCGUUCACCCAAUAUAAAAUAAGAAACCGUCGUCAAUUCAAAGGUGUCGCAUCACCUCCGGAGCAUUUUCUAGGUGGACACGAUCAUCACUUUGCUGCGAGGGAAGAUCUUCCCAUCUGUCUAAGAAAAUGGCAUGAACAGUACGAUGGCCUAUACAAACUACAAUUUGGUUUUCUUUAUACGAGAUUAUCUCUGGGAAAAGCAAAGUAUGCCAAGGACAUUCUCAAUUCGUCGGGUAAGCAGAGGCAGGGAGGCAGCCGGGCUGGAGAUAUUUUGCUUUUAGGGAACAAAUGGCGUAGAGCAAUAAAAAAUGGUCAAGAUGGAAAAUACGAAAUGUUCCAGAACAUCAGUUUAAUGACGUUGGAUUCUUUAUUGAAAUGUAUAUUCGGUAUAACGUCGAAUUGCCAAAUGAAAAACGAAAAUCAUCCAUACUUGGAAGCCAUAAGGAAUAUUGCAGAAUGCUUGAACGUCAAAUUUCACAAUCCAAUACUGAUGAUUCAUCUACUCUUUUGUCUUACACCUACUGGAUGGAGGUACUAUAUGAAUCUAAACAGACUGCAUUCAUUUACCAGAAAGGUUAUAGCUGAUAAAAAGUCAAACCUAAGUCAGCCAAAGAAGACGAAAUUUAUCGAUUUCAUCGAUAUCCUCUUAUCGGCUAGGGAUGAAGAUGGUAAAGGAAUGACUGAUAAAGAGAUUGCCGCCGAGGUUGAUACAUUUAUGUUUGAAGGACACGACACUACAGCUUCCGGUAUUUCUUUCGCUCUCUAUAAUUUAGCUAGAUACCCUGAAAUACAGGAAAGAUGUAGAGCGGAAGUAAUGGAAGUUAUGGGUUCAUCUGACAACAUUUCCUGGAAUGAUUUACCCAAGCUGACCUAUUUAACGAAUACCCUUAAGGAAAGCAUGAGAGUUCACGCUCCUGUACCGAUUAUUGCUAGGGAAAUGACUCAGGAUAGGAAACUCUGUAACGGCCUCGUUCUGAAGAAAGGAACUGCCGUAUCUAUCAAUAUGUAUUCAAUUCACAUGGACGAUGAAGUUUGGGAGGAACCAAUGAAAUUCGAUCCGGAUAGAUUCGCUGACUCUACUGGUCGACAUCCGUACGCUUUUGUACCAUUCGCCGCCGGACCAAGAAAUUGUAUAGGUCAAAAUUUCGCUUUGGCCGAAAUGAAGACAACAUUGGCAAUUAUACUAAAGAAUUUUAGAUUGAAACCAAUAAACGAUCCCAAAAUUAUCUUUGAUCUUGUUUUGCGUUCAUCCAAUGGAAUAAACGUUCAAGACGAAGAUGGUAACGGCUUGACUGAUAAGGAAAUUGCCGCCGAAGUUGAUUCGUUUAUGUUUGCCGUUCAUGAUACUACAGCUUCGGCGCUUUCGUUCGCUUUGUAUAAUAACUUGGCUGAGCAUCCACAAAUCCAAGAGAAGGAUGAUUUAUCAAAAUUAACCUACUUAACGAAUUCACUAAAAGAGAGCCUGAGGAUCAACCCUCCUAUUUCCGUUAUUGCAAGACAGUUAGACAAGGAUAGAAGGUUGGAAAAUGGAAUGGUAUUACCCAAGGGUAUGGCCGUUGAUAUAAAUAUCGCCGCCAUCCACAAAGAUCCAGAUGUAUGGGAUGAACUAGAAAAGUUUAAUCCCAGUAGAUUCGAUAAAACUAACGAUCGACAUCCCUACGCCUUUACACCAUUUUCGGCCGGACCAAGGAAUUGUAUAGGACAACAUUUUGCAUUAGCAGAAAUGAAAACUUCACUGGCCAUUAUCCUUAAGAAUUUUAGAUUAAAACCUUUGGUCGAUCCCAUACCGAUUAUCGAUAUUGUUUUGAAUUCUUCAAAUGGAAUCAACAUUCAAGUUGAAAGGUUAUCAAAGUACAACAGAUUGAAUAUUAUCGAGAAUAAUAAUAUCAAUAAAAGCAAAAUGAAACAACCUGGUAAAGAAAUUACCGCAAAUUCACUGUAG